AUGCGACAGGGUCGAAAAUUGCAGAACGACUUAGCCAAGGUCCUCAUUCGAUUCCAGCUGGGGGAGAUUGCCUUUGCAGCAGACGUGACCGCCAUGUACAGCAGGAUUCGACUUCGACCACAAGAUGCCCGCUUUCAUCGUUUUCUCUGGCAAGAGAAAGAUUCUGACGUCAUCAUUACGUACCAAAUGGAUCGCUUGCCAUUUGGAUCUAACUGUGCCCCAUUUCUCGCCCUGAAAACCAUCCACAGAGCCGCUUCAGAUGCCACUAGAGGGAGAGAAGAAUGUAUGGAAGCAGUAGAGAAGAAUAUGUACAUGGAUGACCUAUUGAAAGCAGUCGACAAUGAAGAACAAGCAAUUAUGAAGGCGAAACUCAUCCGCGAUGGACUAGCAGAAGGAGAUUUUAUCUAA